AGAAGAUCUCAGUUGAAUCUGACACGCCGGACGGAGUGGACCCAUAAAAAAAACCUCUUCGCCCGUCUCUGGCCGAAGGAUACUUGCAAACGGCAUUAGCAUUAUUUCUUCGGAAUCAUGAGGAACUGUGUUCCUCUUGCAGCAUUUAUCGGAUGCUGUUUAGUGAUUGCUGCGCUCGCAUUUCCCAUUAAUAAUGAAGAGGAAGCCGCGUUAUAUUUACAAAAAUUUGGAUACCUCGAAGAUAGUGGAUACAGGGUUGGUGCUCUGGUAGCACCGGAUACCAUUAAUAGUGCAAUAAAAGAUUUCCAAAGGUUUGCUGGUCUUAACCAAACAGGCGUGUUAGACAAUGACACAAUAUCCAUGAUGAACACACCAAGAUGUGGAGUCAAAGACAAAAUAGGACAUGCCGCUUUUGCCAGGAGAAAACGGUAUGCUUUACAAGGAAGUAAAUGGAAGAAAACUGAUUUAACAUACAGAAUCAGCAAAUAUCCUGAUAGAGUGAAGGAUAAAUCAAAAGUGGAUAAAGAAAUCGCACGUGCUUUUAAGUUAUGGAGCGAUGUGACAUUGUUGACUUUCGAGGAGAGGAAGCGGGGUCGAGUCAACAUUGACAUCCGGUUCGAAAGGAGAGAACACGGAGAUGGAGACCCAUUUGAUGGUCCAGGAAGAACUCUUGCCCACGCUUUCUUCCCACAGUUUGGAGGAGAUGCCCAUUUCGAUGAUGAAGAAAAAUGGACUUAUAAUGAAAGGACAGGAACAAACUUGUUUCAAGUUGCUGCUCAUGAAUUUGGUCACUCUCUUGGUCUGUCACACUCGGAUGUAAAAAGCGCUCUUAUGGCUCCUUAUUACAGAGGAUAUCAGGAAACGUUGAAGCUAGAUUCAGAUGAUAUAGAAGCUAUACAAUCAUUAUACGGCUCUAACGGGCAGCCCCCACCACCAGAAGAAGAUGAGCCAACUGGUCCUCCACCUGAUACGAGUGAUGCCUCAGAUCUCUGUCAAGAUGCCAGAAUCGAUACCAUUACAAGAACACAGAAUGGUAGCACUUAUGUUUUUAAAGGUGAUUUCUACUGGAAAAUCCUUCAAGAUGGAAUAGCCGAUGGUUAUCCGAGGAAGAUCACCGACGAUUGGGGUGGUUUGGAAGGAAACUUACAUGCAUCCCUGACAUGGUCAAAUGGGAAGACAUAUUUUUUCAAGGGUGGAAGAUAUUGGCGCUUCACAAAUAAAGAAAUGGACAGUGGAUACCCAAAACUAUUAUCACGUGGUUUCGAAGGCAUUCCUGACAUGCUUGAUGCUGCUUUUGUGUGGAGUGGCAACGGAAAAACAUAUUUUUUCAAAGGUGAUAAAUACUGGAGAUAUGACAGUAAUAGUGAUCCACCUGUGAGCGACAAAUAUCCAAAGCCUAUAAGUAAUUGGAAUGGUCUGCCAAAUGAUAUAGAUGCAGCAUUCCAAUGGGAAAAUAGCCGCACUUAUUUUUUUAAAGGAGGCCAGUACUACAGAUUCAAUGAUGUAAACUUUCAGGUCGACAGUGGUGAUCCGCCGUUCCCAAGAUCAACUUCGAUUUGGUGGUUUGAUUGUCAGUCUGUUUCUCACAGAAGAACUCCAACUGAAACAACGCCAAAUUCUCCUUGGCUGGCAUUGAGAGACAAUAAUACUGUUAUAAGAAUUGACAGUGAUUCUGGAGAUAUUUAAUGCAAAUUUUGUACAUGUUUUCACAUACUUCAUUUUGAAUCUGUUGGACUAGUCAGAUAUAUAACAAAGAAUGGACAGUGUCACAAAUGAUUCGGAUUGGUGCAUCAGAAAAAGACGAUCUUAUUUUGAAUAAAUUAUGCUCAUAACAUUAAAAUAUUCCAGCAUAAGAGCAAAUGAAAAACACGCAACCAUAUCUGAACGCCAAAUAAAAAUUUAAAUAUGUAAUCGAAAAUGUUUUAAUCAAUAAAAAUGAUUAUUUUUUA